AUGUUCCGCCGCACCAAGAGGCCGGACGGGCGCCGCUGGUCUCUGGCCUCGCUGCCGUCCUCGGGCUAUGGCACCAACACCCCCAGCCCCACCGUGUCGGGACACCACGGCUGCUUCUGCGAGCUGCAGGAGAGCAUGGAGCGCCUGCUGCAGGACGCCUACGAGCGCUCCGAGUCGGAGGAGGUGGCCUUCAUCACCCAGCUGGUGAAGCGGCUCCUCAUCAUCAUCUCCCGCCCCGCGCGCCUGCUCGAGUGCCUGGCCUACGAGCGCUCCGAGUCGGAGGAGGUGGCCUUCAUCACCCAGCUGGUGAAGCGGCUCCUCAUCAUCAUCUCCCGCCCCGCGCGCCUGCUCGAGUGCCUGAUGCUGCCCCCUCCCCAGGGCGCUGUACCUGGUGCGGGGUCCCGGGGGUCCUGGCGGUCCCGGGGGGGUCCCGGCUGUUCCCCGGGGGUGCCGGGGUCCCGCCGAUGCUGCCCCCUCCCCAGGGCGGUGUACCUGGUGCGGCACACGGCCACGCGGCAGCGCUUCGCCAUGAAGAAGAUCAACAAGCAGAACCUGCUGCUGCGGAACCAGGUGCAGCAGGCGUUCGUGGAGCGCGACAUCCUCACCUUCGCCGAGAACCCCUUCGUGGUCAGCAUGUUCUGCUCCUUCCAGACCCGCCGCCACCUCUGCAUGGUCAUGGAGUACGUGGAAGGCGGGGACUGUGCCACGCUGCUCAAGCACAUCGGGGCGCUGCCCCUGGAGCUGGCCCGGCUCUACUUUGCCGAGACGGUUCUGGCCCUGGAGUACCUGCACACCUACGGCAUCGUGCACCGCGACCUCAAACCCGACAACACCGACCACUCACCUGGGCACUGCCCUGCCCACCUCGGCCACGCCCUGCUCACCUGGGCACCGCCCAGCCCAUCUGAACACUGCCCCGCUCACCUGGGGGGCGCGCAGGAGGUGAAGGCCCACGGCUUCUUCGCCGCGCUGGACUGGACGGGGCUGCUGCGGCAGAAAGCCGAGUUCGUGCCGCACCUGGAGUCCGAGGAGGACACGAGCUACUUCGACACCCGCUCGGACCGCUACCCCCACGUGGCGUCCUACGAGGACGAGGACACGACGGAGGACGAGCCCGUGUGNCGGAGGGUUUGGGGGUGUCCCGGGGGUCUGGGGGUCCCGGGGGCUGUGGGGCCGCGGCCAGCCGGGUCUGGGGGCGCAGGGGAGGCGCCCGGCUCGUCCCCCCUGGGCAGCCCGAUGUCGCCGCGCUCGCUGUCCUCGGACCCCUCGUCGCGGGACUCGUCGCCGGGCCGGGAGCUCGCCCCCGCCGUGGCGGCGCCGCCGCGCUCGCCCAUCGCCAUCCCCCGGCCCGGCAAGAAGUUCGGCUUCACCCUGCGCGCCAUCCGCGUCUACCUGGGCGACAGCGACCUGUACAGCGUGCAGCACGUCGUCUGGCACGUGGAGGAGGGCGGCCCCGCGCAGGAGGCCGGGCUGUGCGCCGGGGACCUGAUCACGCACGUGAACGGCGAGCCGGUGCACGGGCUGGUGCACACCGAGGUGGUGGAGCUCAUCCUCAAGGUGGGGACACCGGGGGGGCACCGGGGGGACACCGGGGGGUCACAGCUUUGGGGGGUCGCGGCUCACGGCAGCUCAGCCCCGAGCAGCGGGCGAGCCCCGGCGGCGGGGCCGGGGGCGGAGGAGGCGGAGCGGGGGGCGCGGGGCCCCCCCAAGGCGCUGAGCCCGGUGCAGGAGCACGGCGUGCCCAUCGUGGUGGUGGGGCCGGGGGCGGCCCCCGGGGACCCCCGCGGGGCGCCCCCCGCCCGCUGA